AUGGACAAGUCGGAGCUGCUCCAGUUCGCUCGCGAAUGCGCCAGCAAAAAUGAGGAUCUGUACGAGCUUCUAGGGAUCGACGCCCUCACGGCGAACGAUCCGAAACAAGUACAACGAGGCUACCGAAAAAGCUCACUCAAGUACCAUCCUGACAAGGUCAAAGUCUUUGACGCCGAUAAAUGGCAGUUUCUCGAGCGCGCCAGGGACACCUUGCUCGAUGCCACCGCUCGAGAGGCGUACGAUACCGCGCGCAGUGCUGCCCUGCAGCGCGAGCAGGCGCGGCGAGAAAUGGACGCGAAGAAGAGGGCUAUGGUGGAAGAUUUAGAGGCCAGGGAACGAGGUGCAAGUGUCAAGAAGGCUCGGAAUGAGAAUAACGGCAUGAGCGAGGAGGAGAGGAGGCGCUUGGCUGAGAGCGGACGCCGCAGGGUAUUGGAGCGCGAAAAACUCCUUCGAGAGGCGGAGGAGAGGAUGCGGAAGGCAGACGAAGCGAGGGAACGACCGAAAGCCCCCGCUGUAGCGCCGCAAGCCGCGCAAGCAGAACCACCAGCCGGUGGAGAAACGGAUGAGUCAAGAGAAGCCGAAAUCGAACGGCGGCUUAGAGAGUUGCAAGAACGGAAAGCGGCGAAGAAGGCGGCAAAGGAGGCGCGCAGGGCCGGCGGUGGCACUCUGGCUGUGCCGCUGGCAACACCUCCGCUAGUCACAACAGACCCCAACCAACCCCCACAGGCAGGAACACAAGCUGACGAAAAGAAGGAUACCAAGUCAUUCUCGUUCUCAGCGCCAAAAUCUACCACUAGCGCCCCACGCGUCAAAGGCGACUUUUCUUCAACCAUGGCGCGACUACGCGCUGCGCAAGCACAGAAAGAUAGAUGUAAAGCAGAGGAGGCUGCGAAGCAAGCUGAUGCACUGUAA